AUGUGCCUGUGCAAGUACAUCAUGGACCAGGCCUCACAGCCACCCACACGCCACAAUGUAGAGCUGCACUCGAAGAUUGCCGGGGCGUACAGAUGUCUACAGGCAUGGAUCACAGCCGACCCAAACAUCAUCACUGACCGACAGACCCUUAACAGUGUGCUGGAGGUCAUCGAGUUGGGAUUAACGGGCACGUGUCGUUUGACCAGCAAUGUGCCUAUAUCACGCACAGCAAAACUGAGAGAGCCUAAACCGUUGUCGCAAAG